UGCGAGUAUCAUUAACAGCGCGUAAAACCUAUGCGUAAAACUGGGGCUUUUAUUUUGUUAAAUCAUGUUUGUUUCCAUGUUUUUAGCCUUGUGACUUGUUUUGCUUUUCAACACCACAGCGAAACCAACAUCCCCUCUCGCCAUUCACAAUUUUUUUUCUCCCACCAAUCCUACACAAUGACUCUAACCCGCCUGGCUCAUCCAAACAACUUCUAUUGUUGCUUUUGGCGAUUUUUCCGCCUUCCAAUGACCCGAGCUUGGAAAUGUGUUGACUCAGCCUCGUGCUGCGUCAUCAGAAAACCAGCUUCCCCCUGGAUAUGCCUUAAAUGAACCCACUGUUCAUGCAGCAGCCAUAUGCAACAAGGGGGUUACAGUCACUCACAUGUGUAGGCUACAGCAGAGAAACCUGCAUCUCUUUUUAAAACGUGUUUUUUUUUAUGAGGUGCAACAGCAGCAGGAGGAGGAAGAGGAAGAAGAGCGCCAUGGACAAGAGCAACACAGUGAAGCUCUUCGUGGGCAACCUGGCGUUGGACACCACCCAGGAAGAGCUAUCAGCCAUCUUCGAACCCUAUGGUCAGGUGGUCAGCUGCAGCGUGCUGCGGCAGUUCGCCUUCGUGCACCUGCAGGGCGAGGGUGCAGCCGAGCGUGCCAUCCGGGAACUCAACGGACGGGAGUUUCGUGGACGAAAUUUGGUAGUUGAGGAGUCGAGGGGACGGCCGUUGCACUCCACUAAGGUGUUUGUGGGUAAUUUGAGUGGGAUGUGCACCACUGAAGACCUACAGCAGCUGUUCCAGACGUUUGGGAAAGUUCUCGAGUGCGACAAAGUCAAAGCCAGGCAUUCCUCUUCCGCAGGUUACGCCUUUGUCCACAUGGAAAACAAGGAAGACGCGCUUCAGGCCAUCGAGGCAUUGCAUGGCACCUCGUUUAAGGGCCGUCCUCUCUCUGUAGAGCUGUCUAAGGUCCAGCCCAGCAAGCAAGCACCGACAGGAAAAAUCCCCUGUGUUAACUGUGGAAAGCAGGGCCACUAUGCUGGAGAGUGCCCUGUAGGGAAGCCGUCUCUUGAGCAGUACCAGAGUCAGGCAGCAGUCCUGGCAGCCGCUGCAGCUGCAGCCGCCGGCCUGCCCCUCCAGGUACAACAAAGCGUGCACAAUUCAGUCUACAACACCUCCACCUUUGACCCCACCUACGCAGCCCUCACUGGGAUCACCACAGGCACACGCACUGAUGGGAACCCGGUGAAUCCAGCUGUUUAUGGUGCCCUUGCCAGCCAGGUUUAUGGUGCCAACGUUGCCAGUCAGCUUUAUGGAACUGUGGCCAAUCAGGCAGCUCUUACUUCAGGGGCCACCCAAAUGUACAGCUCGAUGACUCCCAACAUCUACGGCCAGAUGGCUGCAACGCCUGCACAAGCUGCUGCAGCCGCAGCAGCUGCUGCUUACUCUACUCCGGUUUACGCCCCUACUGUGGGCAACCCCCAGGUGUACCUGGCUGCUGCUCCUGGGCUAGAAAUGCCAACCGCAGCGGCUGCAGUCAACCCAGCCUACACUGUAUCUCCAGCGAUUUAUGGUGCUGCCACACCAGCCUACGCUCAUAUAAGCGCCAUGGGAGCAGCUGACCCUACCACAGCCCUCUUUGAGGCAGCCAGGCAGGCACAUUACUUUGCCCAGGGCCAGCACGUUGUUGCCGAGCAGCAGUCAGUGGUUGCAGCAGCAGCGGCGGCAGCGGCUGCGGCAAAGUCUGGUGAGAGGGAUCGUAGUCCCCUGCGGAGGUCAGUUCCUCUGCUACCAGACCCAGUGAUGAAGCCUUUCAUGUACCAGAGAGCCAAGCCGCGGCGACCCCUGCUCCCCACGCCAGCUGGUCGGGCAGCAGAAGAGGCAGCGGAGGCUGCAGAGGACCCCAUGGCCAGGUACUACGCUGAGUACUACCAACAGCUGCAGCAGUAUCCACAGUUCCAGUAUGCCUACCCACCACCCAGCGCAAUGACGGCCAUCGCAAGCAUGCAAGGGGUGUCAGCAGUCCCUGCCGUACCUACGAUGUCUGCUCAGCCUGUCACCAUGGACUCCCUCAGGCCAGUGGUCCCCACCGCUGCGGCAGUGGCAGCCGCCAUGGCUGCGCCCAGGGUGUAUGAGCCGCCGUUGCCGCCGCCCACGCGCAAGGAGGCCAUCCUCCGCCGCCCCGAACUCUCCCUUCACACGCCUGAGCCCCCCUUCCGAUAGUCGCACACAACUCUCUGCCCCCCCCCCACCUCUCCCUCUUUGCCCUGAUCCCCAACCCCACUUCUCCUCUUCCACCCCAAACUUGAUCACCUUACAACAGCUGUAUGUGUGUGUGAACGAGUGUGUGGGGUAGGGUCUGAAACUGGGGGCUUCUCAGUUUAUUAACCUGCUUUGUGAGGGACUUGAUCAGCUGACCUUGGUCCUGUUUUCAUACACACAGUGCAGCCAUGAAAGGGAGUUCCUCAUCUGUUGAACGGGCAUUCUUUGUGCAUCUCAGUUUUACUUUUUUAUUGUGCCAGUCUCACACUUGUGCCAGUAUUAGACUGACCCAGUCAGUCGUUUCAUAUGCCUUUAUUUCUGCAACCCAGUUAUGAUUUUCUACGGCCAAAUCGACAAUAGAAGAUGCUGGUUUCUGAACCUGUUAGCCAUUCUCCUUAGGCCUAGAUGAUCAGUUAGGGCAGCUAAUUUAAAACCUUUUUUGCCUUAUUUUGAAGAGUUUCAAAUGUAAUGUAAUCAGAUGUGAAAUGAGAUAACACAUAUUGUGUACUGGCUGCAUUGCUUUGUGUCAAACAGAACCAAGGUUUCUUGUUCUUUGAGGGGGUGUUUGUCUUGAACGUGACGUGGAUGUAGUGUGUGUGUGAGCGAGUGCAAAAGAGAGUGCGGGCUUCUGACCUUGCAGCGCACAAACGCAGCAGCUAAGACUGCGCCUUGCUGAGUAAAAAAAAACUUAAAGCACACAUUAUACGUACUGUAUUGUAUGUUCGGAUCUCUCCUUGACCCCAUUCCCCCCCUGUACUCUUAACGACAACACUUGAAGACACUGCCUCAUCUCUCUUUCUAACUACAGCUGCCUACCUCUGACAGUUAAUUUCAGUGAACUCUUGUUUCACACUUUUUAGACCAGUCAUGAGUUUAUUUCAUGCACCUUGUGAAGGAACAGGGUCAGCAGUUUAAGGGAGGGCGGAGCCAGAUUUUGGCGUGAAUGACUUUUGUAGAUAUUCCAUAUGAAGUCCUCCUACAUAUUCAGAGGCCUUGUUUUAGAAGAUAUUUUAUGUGUUCCGUUUGUUUUCGUGUUAUCUUAAUGUUAUACAAGUCAAACUGGGGUGUAAUGAAUUGUAAUGAAACAAAACCCAUGUGUGACUACUGAACGAGCUGUUUACAGAUGAUCUUUACACUGCAUCCUACGUGGAAUCAUGAUAUGUGAUAGGCUUAAACUAUGUGCCUUUAAGCUUUGAGUGAAGUGCAUUACGAGGAGGGGGUCUCCCAUUUUUAAGUGCUUUUGACUUUUUUAAUCAUUUCAAGGGGGGAGGUGGGAGGGGAGGGAAAGGGGUUACGGUGGCCGAAUGGAGCUUAGCAUCCACAGGGCUAGAAGCAGUAAAGCUUUCUCGUGGACUUGCACACACGUUAGAUAUUUUUCAUAUCAUAGUGUUUUUGAAAAGCCACAAACUGAGCCUCACGGGUUCGUAAUUAGCCGCUGGUUAUAAGCAGAAACGACAGUGAUAGCACCAAUGAAGUGAGAGAUGGGGUAGUGUCUUCUAGUUGCCCAACUUUUCCUACUUUUUCCAAAUACCGGACUAGCUUCAGACUGUAAUUGCAAAACUAUGCAAGUGACGUUUUAGUAGGUGGGUUACCUCGCAAGUACAGAUGUGAUUCUGACUUUCUUGAACUUGCCUUGAGCGAUUAAGGGUCUGUGUCCAUGAGCCCAGUUUUGUUGCGCUGGUAGCACCCAUGACCUCAAUUUUACAGCCGACUCACCAGCCGUCCUUGUUGCUAGAUGCACUUCCAGUUAGUAGUGGCAGUGAAGUGUUUGAAAAUGCUCUAUAAGCUUCAUAUUUGCUUUCAUUCAAUGGCAUUUUACAAAGAAAUGUUAGAUAGAAGACAGAAACUGGAAGCAGCUCAACACCUGGAAAUUGUUGUUGACAAACUGACAUGAGGAGUCACACCCUUUCUAAGUUUGGAUGGGUAGGAGAUGGAGAAGUGACACUGAUGAGUGUGGCUUUGAUUCAAAAGUUGAACUAUUUUCAACUGAAAGUGCAGCGACAAAAAAAACGCUGGUGCAGUUUCCUGAGCACUGAACACACUGCUUCAAUUUUGGAUAGAAAAUCGGUGCUGCCAGGGCAAAGAAUGCAGUUAGUGGACACAGGCCCUAAUUCCACACAUUUGGUUCUCCAAUCAUUUAAAACAGUCACUUGGAAUUUUUUGGCAACUACCUUUUGAGAGCAGUCUGAUGCACACACAGUCAUACCCUCUGAAAUCACCUUACUGCCUCGCUGUUUCACCCUCCCCGCUCCCCUGUGUGGUUUUUAGUGGUUAAGUGAUUUUUGCAUCUCACAGUGUAAUCUUUCUGUGUUGUAUAUACAGACACAUACCAGUUGCAUCCUUAGUAGACUUCUGUGGUUUGCGAAAUGUCUUGUUUGCCAUGUUUAAGACCGUAUUUUUUAGAUGAAUAUUUUAAUUUUGCCUUUUUUUUUUUUUUUUUUUUUUUUUUAGUAAAAGACAAAAAAAGAAAGUAAAAAUCGGCAUGCUUUUUAUUGAGAAUAUGUAUUCUAUAAUCAUUAUUAUAAUAAAGAAUGUUUGGCUGACUACUGUGGCAAAAAAACAGCAAAGGGUUUGGACAUUUCCCCUUCUUGUUUAUGUUUCUCUGUUUCUCUUGUGUAAAAUGACCACCAGACCCAUUUGACUGGGGACCCAGGGGGAGACAGGUGUAGAUGCUGGCCCAGCUUUGCUCUCUUUGGUCAGGGUAAGUGCGGGUUGGUGCUCCUAUCUCUCUCCAGCCUCUCAAACUGGGGUGCAAACCAAAACUAAUGGGAGAGGUUUGCACUUGACAAAAUCAGUAUUCAAUUUGGGCUCAAAACAUUGGGUAUUGUCCUAAACAUUUCAUACAGAAAGUGUGAUACACACACUGUGAAACAUUGAGAGCUGGGGAGAGGCACACAGAUAGAAUGGCCUGGGUGCAUUUUGAUCUGUGGAGCAGUCCUGUUCCUGGGGUUGAUGGGUGUGCGUCUGGUCUGGUCUGGUCUCUCCCUGCUGCACCAAAAUCUCCCCCCUCCGUUUGUCUCUGUGUUCACUCUACUCUCAAAACCUGCAUGUCUGAUAAUCUGUAACUUUGCCGCUCAAGAAAAAAAAAAAAACUAUCCCCGGCGACAGUCCAGCUCUGAACUAACUAUCUCAACUGAAUUAGGUCACCAUGCCACCUGGAACGGCCAGUGUGCAGCCGUGCGUGAGCUAACGGCGUGAGCCAUGGGGAGGACUUUUAGCACGACGCCACCACAGCGGGAACUUGUUCUCUGUCUCUUCACCACCAAGGUAAAUGAACAAACGAAACCAAAACCAAAAGCACUGACCUCUCCUCUCCCCCACCCUGCCGCACCUCCCUUUGACUGUGCCUUGACAAUACACUUCCCACCCCCUCCUCUCCUCCGCCAUCGCCACCUCCCCUUUUUCUUUCCGAUCCGUAACUCUUCUGCUGCAAUGGCAGUGCCAUCGGUGGGGGUGGCGGGGCGGGGUGGGGAGGCUGGAGUGCUGUUAGGACCCUUUCCACAAGACUGAGUCCUGUCUCACAUCAGCAUUCAAGGCGACUGACUGUGUCCUUUCUGUCCCGGCUAGUGUCUGAGCAAGUGAAUAAAGAAUAGUGUGUGUUUGUGUGUGUUAGUCAGAGAGCAUGGAUGUCUGAGUUAUUCUUGGGUGGUGAUUUAUUGAUUGGUGAGGCUUGGCACAUGCGGCCCAACCCUUCCCCCUCCCCUUGCCCGCUAGUCAACUCCUCUUCACCGCCGUACUCGCCGCCCUUACAACUCCCCCUCCCUCCCCUUCCUUUCUCCCUUCCUUCUCAACUCCCACCCUACUGUGCCCAUGCGCCUCUACUUUCCGCCGUUCACCCACACACAGCGCUUUCUUCCGCCGCAACCGCCGUUGCCACUUUGGAUCUGGGUUUGUGGCUCUGGCUCGGACUCAGCUACCCAGAACCUACCCACCUGACCCCAACCUCCCCACCCUCCUUUGUUACCAGAGAGGCGCCAAUGGACAGUGCAACCAGAAUUAGUAACUUGACAGAGAGACUUCCAAGUUGGACGAAUUGCUUUGCGAAAGGUCUUGAAUGCUGGGUUUGUUCUGCAUGGCUGCGGAAGAGAUUUUAACUCCUGUUCCCAAAAUCCUACAUCUUGGGUUGUCAAUCAGCCUCAAACACUUUCCUUACCUUUGGGUCCCUCAGCCCAUUGCCAAUCAGAAACAUCCUAUAAGAUAGGCCUAGGUAUGAGGCCAGUCUAACCUGUAGAUUCUCACCAAUCUCAGGGUUCCUAUAGGACUUUUCUGGUACGGCAGCUCUAGUUUUCUAAAACUGGGAUCAGCUGGACUUGGCUGCAUAUGUGCUCUGAAUGAAAUGUGUGUGUUUUUUACCUGUUAAGAUCGUCCUUGUGCUGAGAUAGACAGCUUAACCCUUGCACCACACCACGAUCCCACACUCGGGGGGGAUGGGGGGGGGGGCUUCAAGUGUGCCAAACGAGUUGUCCCACAUUUGCUGUAACAGCUGCAAGAUGGAGUCGAGACAAAGAGGGGAGUGCCUUCUGGCAGCCUAACAAACAAAGGAAAGGGAAGAAGGAGGAUUGAAUAGUUAAACUGAGUAUAAGGUGAGUUGUUAGUGGAAGUGUCUGUUGUCCAAAGCUGGGCCCCUAAUCUUGCCUUUCUGAUCUUGGAGGAUCCUAAAAAUGUUCUUUGCCCUUGUGGUUUGCUGUGAAAAUAGUAUCCUAAUAUGGAUCUGUAGAAGGAAUAUUCCAAAGACAAAGGAUAGUGUCAUUGUCAUAAGAAGCAACACACAGUCAGGAAAACCCUCGCCAACACAAGCCAAUUUCACCCGAACAGUGAAGCUCUAAACUGACCAUGUCAAACACUGACUCCCUUCCUGUCCUCCAUCAUCAGGGCGCAUUGUGCUCCAAUAUUAUGUCCCCCAGUCCACCCCAUCCCACCCUACUCACUAAAGGCUUCUCCAGUUGCUUGCAAACCUGGGCUUCUUGUGCUUGGGUGAAUGCAGCCACGCAUCUCUAAACCUCCCUUGCUCUGAAUUCACAGUCCUAGUAUUCUGACUGCCAAAACUCGCCGCAGCCUCUACCUUACUUCCACUUCCACUUCCUCACCCCUCUCCAACCCCCCUUGCCUUCUGUGGUUUGGACGACUGAUAACUGUAAUCCAGAUGCUCUUUCCGCACGCAUCUUUUAGCAUUCUGUUGUUCUGAUGGGAUCCAACAGGGUCCAUCUGUUCCCCUGCUGCAGGUAUCAGUUCAGAUUUGUUUGAGCACAACUUAUAAACCAUAUUGCCUUUUUUUAAGUUUGCAAGCAGAGAUUCAGUAUUAAAUGUAACCGCAAAGGUGACUUUUUUUUAAGCUCUUCUAGUACAAAUGUGAAAUUACAUAGACUUGAUCACACUCUACUUUUUUGGUCAACCUUUUUUUUUGACAGAGACAUUUGCAGUAGAGUCAUACCUCAGCCGUUACCUCAUCUACAGUGCACAACAUGAACACUCAAAGUAUAUACAUCACCACAUUCAUACGGCGGCCAUUUCCCUCCAACAUGCUCAAGGUGAGGAGCUAAAAUGCUGUUACAAGACUUGUGAAUGUGUUUGAGGUUGCAAGUUGUUGUUGGAAUCAUUGGAAUCUGACAAAUCAUUACCAUUUCACUAUGUUUCAACUGGUGGGCACUUUGAAAACAAUGGAUUCUGGAAACUGGUGGGACAUUGGGCCUUAGUUCAGGGUAAACAAGAGAUUUGAUAACCGUCACACAAAGAAAGCUGGUAUGCUCAGCUCAAUAAUUCUGUAUGGGCAAUAAGAGCCAACCCAAAGAUAACACAGUCAGCAUAAAGACAUACUUUUUGUUUUCUUAAUGUUUCAAUUAUCAUACUAAGAGAGCACAACAUGUUUGAUAACCAGUUAGCUAAAGUCAGACUACUGCAAAAGCUAGCAUUCAACCAGUUUUUAGCUAACAUCACGGCUUAGAAAGUGUUAAACAAAUGUGCUAACAUCAGUUGUCCUGGCUUAUAUUGAAUUACCUUUUUGUUUUACCUUAAAUUAGACACUUCCUAGCUAACAUAACUCCUUAAGAGGGUUAUAUGACUACAGGAAAGGCAUACAUUUUGAGCCGACCUCAUGUUAGCUAGGAUUAUGCUAAAUGUGAACAUCAGUUGUCCUGACUUAGCUGUUAGUAGGCCAAGCCAAUCUCAUACAUCAUUAAACAUGCUUUACCUAGAUAAAUGGCUGAUAUUUUCACUAUUCAUUGACAAAGAAGUUGCUAAAACAAAAAAUGUAACAAACAUAGAAGUUUCUAGCUCAUUUUUGGGAGUGCGAAAGCAACCCUAAAUUGAAUCCUAGCACCCCUAUAAAUUAAGAGAUUUCUUUUUUUUACUGUAUGUCCUUUUUAACAAGCUAGAAAAGUUUCAAAACCACACAGUACUUGGUUGAAACGUAAUAUUGAACAACAAAAAUACAGCAGCUCCUCCGAAUAGUGGCACGCAAAACUUAUCAAAUUAUAUAAUACAGACAAGAAGGAAAAAGGCAGAGGAAAACAUUGAAAAAGUCAAUUUCUGUUAAAGUGUUUUAUAUGUUGUACAUUGCAUUUCAAAUGAAAGUCCAAAAAAUAACUCCAAUGUCAAAUUUUUGUAUUUUUGGUACUCACUAUAGGGGGCUUGUUUUCUCCAGAAAUAUACAUACUGUUUAUGUAUAUGUUGAGGAGCUGCUGUAUCAAAUUAGUUGUCUUCCCCAGAAAUUAGGGUUACCAUAUGUUUCUUUUAUGAUUCCAAUCCCCUUGCUGUGGCUCAGCAUUUAAAUAACCUUUAUCAGAUUUGAUGGUUUAGUCACAGACUUUCCCAAAAAGUGUUAUACUUUUCUUUCACAAAUGUGGGAAUGAAAUUGCAUUAAAAUGUACAAAACAGUGAAAUUUAUCUUGCAUGGCCAGGCAGCUCUCCUAAACAUCCAAUCCCAGAAUCGUCCCUGGUAAUAAACAAGCUAGUAGCAAAUAAUUGUGCACAUUUUCAAUCAUGUUGUUAUCAAACAUUACUGUUAUAGUCUCUUACAAUUGCCCAAUUAAACUUAAGAUUUUCACUACCAUUGUCUUCAAGGUUGAUGAUCAAUUGAGACGAGAUGGAGUGAUAACAAUUUGUCAGAGUUUCCAAUUUCAACAAUUUGCAAACCUGGAACCAAGCAGUUUGAAAUUAAAAGAGCAAAUGUCCACACUUUGUGCGAUGCCAGAGGAAAAUGGCCGUUGAUUGAAUAUGAUGAAUGAAAAUGUAACCUCUUUUUUUUUUUAAAGGCUUUGUUAAAUUUUCAUUUUUUUUUCAGGAUAAAAAAAAUGGGAAUCUUUCAUGCGGUAGGUUGUUGUGCCAGAGUUUGAGUUACAUUAGAUCUUCAUAUUAUUUUGUGUAACCCCUCUGAAUGUGUAGUAGCAGUGUAAGCGCACAUAGUUCCACGAUGUUUACAGUAAUCAACCCAUCCAACUCCUUCAACUCAGUAGCAGCACAGUAAUGUACCUACAGGUAACCACAAAUAGUCGCACAGUAGCUAAGCUUCUUCAAGUAGGUUAAUGGACCAAGCGUAGUGUAGUUACAUAGAAAUGCCUGAUUAAUUAUAAUACAAAUCAUUCUAGUUUCCAAAGAUACAUCCUCAUGGGUGACAGAAUAAUGUGUCACCAUGACAAGAAAGCAAUCUGCUCAUUUCAAGGAAUUUUGUCCCAGCACAAAGUCAAAUGGGACAAGUGUUUGGGGGUCUUAGUUGAUGAAUGUUAGAUGAAAUUGUUGCAUUAACAUGUUUACUGUGAAUGACAAAUCCUUAUAUAAACAUAUAUUAUACUGUACAGUUGUGUAUGCAUAUAUAUAUGCCUUUUUAAUAUGUAUUUCUUAUAUGCAAGGCAUUUUUCAGUCUGCAUGCAAAUCAUAAAUAAAUUCAUUUU